AUGCACUUCUCACCCUCCCGCAUCGUCAUAGGCUUCGCCGUCUUCAUCGCCUUCAGCUUCAUCUACACCAUCAACUCGAUAUCCGCCCGCGAUCCCACCUCCAUCUUCUUCGAUCCCCACAAAGCCUACACUCCGCGCUAUUCCGCCCUCAGGCGUCAGCAAGCCGAGGCUUUUAUUUCCGCCUACGACCCCGCCGCCGUCGUCAAGGCCGGCCCAGAGAGGCAGAGACGCCUGUGUGUCGGCAUUCCCUCGUUCAAGCGCGAGGGCACCCAGUAUCUGCCCGAUGCUGUUGGCUCCCUCCUCGAGGGCCUGACGCCAGAGGAGCGGCAGGAAAUCUACUUCAUAGUCUUCAUCCCUCACUCGCGGCCCGAAAUACAUCCCGCCUACAACGAGGCCUGGCUUGCCGGCCUCGCCGAUGAUGUCUUGACGUACGAAUACGGCUUCGACCGCAUGCAAUACAUCCGCAAUCUCGAGACACAGCACAAGGUCGACGAAAAGGCCCUGUUCGACUACCGAUACCUCCUCGACAAGUGCAGGGACCAGUACACGCCCUACAUUGCCCUGUUUGAAGACGACAUUGUAGCUGCAGAUGGCUGGUAUCACCGCACCAUUGCAGCCAUCGACGAGGCCGAGCGCAAGGCCGCCCUGCAACGCGCCAAGCCCGACUUCCUCUACCUCCGCCUCUUCUACACGGAAGAGUUUCUCGGCUGGAAUGCCGAGGAAUGGGAGACGUACCUGAAGAACUCCAUCUACGUGGCCAUGAUUCCCACCGUCUUCUUCCUCUUUGUCCGCUGCCUCCAGCCCACGACAAAGUUCUCCGUGACGCUUCUCACUCGCCGCACCUUCCUCGCCACAUACUCGAUUCUCGCCAUCCUCAUCCUGCUCUUCUUCGCUUUUGGCCGCAUCACAGUCCAGCCCAUGCCCGUCGGCGUCCACGAGAUGCCCACUUUUGGCUGCUGCGGCCAAGCCUUUGUCUUCCCCAACGUCAAGGCCGGCGAGCUAAUCGACUACUUCAAAGACCGCCAUCUCGGCUACAUGGAUGUCCUAAUCGAAGAUUUCGCCAAUGAGCGCAACGAACUGAGAUAUGCCGUCACGCCCAGCUUAGUACAGCACGUGGGCCGCGCAAAUGCCCAUCACGACGAUGACGGCCCCAUGAGCAAGUGGGGUUUGAGCGUUGCUGAGCGCAUAUGGAGUUUUGCAUUUGAAAAGUUGGACUGGAGGGCGUUGCGCAGAGAACAUGAACAAGUUACAAAGUUGAGGAGGCAAUACCAAACUCAAAGUGCUUGGUGA